AUGGCUGCUGCCGACAAAUCCUCCAAGGCAGCUUCCAACGAAGCCGCCGCUCCCGUCGUCGCCAAAGAACAAGACGAGCUUCCCCCUCUAUCCUACGGCAUCUUGACAAAUGAAGACGAGCGUCGCACCGGCUUGCGCCUCAUCACCGACAGCAUUGCCCAGCAGAGUCAGACUGCCAAUGCCAGCAUCAUCUUCAACCCGCUCUGCAUCGCCGGCCUGGCGUCCCUGCUCGCGACCAUGCUGAGAGCGCGCACCACCACCGAUCUCGGCACCACGCUCAUCACCGUAUCCGGUACCAUUAUCUGCUACCUCGCUGCCAUCCGCAUGCUCACCAGCCGCUUCGUUGGCAUGGCCGAGAACUUCAACGCCGAGCAAUUCCUUACUGGUCCCGAGGGUCGCGAGGACAUUGUCAUUGGUGCGCGCUUCGACGGCGAAAUCAUUGGGUGCCUUAUCCUCCGCCCGUACCUCUCCGAUACGGACUUCCAGAAGCAAUCCAAGGCGUCUUCCAAGAUUAGCGGCGGCAGCAUUCGCGCCUGGACCGUCCGCCUCAAGUUCCGCAACAAGGGUGUUGGCGGCGACUUGCUGCGCUUUGCUGUGACUGCCAUCCAGACGCUACAAGGCAAGGACGCCAAAAUCUCGUUUGACAAGGCCAAUGCGCAUAGCAACAGACUUCCUAUCCCCAUGUUCAACAGACCCUUUGACAAGCGCGAUGAGCGCGCUGCCGCAGCCCUGCUACACGCCGAGCUGGAUUGCGAGAGCCGCAAGGUCGAGUUUGACCAAAGUUUCAAAAAUGCAGUCAGGCACUACGUCAAGUCCACGGGAAAAUAA